UUCCAUGUGUUAGCUAAUUGCACUUGUUCCUAAUUACGGACGUGUGAGUGCAUCUGAAGGUUGUAGGCUACUGUGAGAACAAAUGCAGAAGUGCUGCGGGGACAGCUUGACUGGCAAAGAAGCUCUGACCCACUUCCCAUCCCUGGGACCCUCGACAAGCUCUGCCCAGGGGAAGGUCCACGUGAAGCAGUGCGACUUGCUGAAGCUGUCCCGCAAGCAGAAGAGGCUGUGCCGGAGGGAGCCUGGCCUGGCAGAGACCCUGCGGGAUGCCAUCCGGCUUGGGAUCAUGGAGUGCCAGUACCAGUUCCGCAGCGAGCGCUGGAACUGCAGCCUGGAGGGAAGGACCAGCCUGCUGAAGCGAGGUUUUAAGGAAACUGCCUUCCUCUAUGCAGUGUCCUCUGCAGCGCUCACCCACUCCCUGGCCAGAGCGUGUAGUGCUGGGCGCAUGGAGCGCUGCACCUGCGAUGACUCCCCAGACCUGGAGAACCGCAAGGCCUGGCAAUGGGGCGUUUGUGGAGACAACCUCAAAUACAGCACCAAGUUCCUGAAAAAAUUCUUGGGUCAGAAGAGGAUUGGCAAAGACCUGCGGGCCAAGGUGGACAUCCACAACACCAAUGUUGGCAUCAAGGCUGUGAAAAAUGGUCUCAAAACCACAUGCAAGUGCCAUGGUGUCUCCGGCUCAUGUGCUGUCCGGACAUGCUGGAAGCAGCUUUCACCUUUCCAUGAGAUUGGGCGACUGCUGAAGCUGCGCUACGAUGAUGCCGUCAAGGUCUUCAGUACCACCAAUGACGCUGUGGGACACUCGGAGCUGGCUGGCCCACAGAGACACGGCCAUUCUCCCAAGCACCCCGCUUCGCCCCGCUCUACUGACCUUGUGUAUGUGGAAGACUCCCCCAGUUUCUGUCGUCCCAGCAAAUACUCCCUGGGAACUGCUGGGAGGACCUGCUCUCGGGAAGGCAACUGUGACAGCAUGUGCUGUGGACGAGGCUAUAACACCCAGAGCCGUCUGGUUACCUUCUCCUGCCACUGUCAGGUGCAGUGGUGCUGCUAUGUUGAGUGCCAACAGUGCAUGCAAGAAGAGGUGGUCUACAGCUGCAAGCAGUAA